GAUCGAAGUUUGAUGACGUCACCAUGGCCUAGUUGAGAUAGUGUAAACUAAAUAUUUUACUGAAAAUCCUGGUCUGUUGAUGGUCGUGAGACACUGUGAUAUAUUCAUGAUAAACAGUGAUAUUCAUAGAGCGUAUAGAUAACGCCAAGGGAACUAUAGCAAGGCUAAAUAAAGGCCAGUGUUGGUGAAAUUAUGUCCCGUCAUGAAGGUAGGUUCUCCACAACUGGUUCACAGCCAAAACAGGAAUGAAUUGCCCUUUAUUUUGUACGUAUUUGCGUCUUACUUGAGGAGCUCCCAGCACACAUUCGCUCAGGAACAAUGAACCACAACGAAGGUGUGAGCUGUGACGCAUGUUUGAAGGCAAAUUUCCGUGGCAGGCGCUACAAAUGUUUAAUAUGUUACGAUUAUGACCUUUGCUCGGCGUGUUAUGAAGGUGGGGCUACAACAACACGCCACACAACUGAUCACCCCAUGCAGUGUAUCCUUACUAGACAUGAUUUUGAUGUGUACUAUGGGGGAGAGGCACUCUCUGUGGACCAGCCUCAGAGUUUAACAUGUCCCUUCUGUGGUAAAAUGGGUUUCACGGAAACCUCACUACAGGAUCAUGUCACUGCUGAUCACCCCGACACUGCCUAUGAAGUGGUGUGUCCCAUCUGUGCUUCUGUGCCAGGAGGGGAUCCCAACCACGUGACAGAUGAUUUUGCUGCUCACCUCACCUUAGAUCAUCGCUCAGGCGCCCCGAGAGACCUCGAUGAACCUUCUGGAUCCCGACAUGGGGUUCGUAGAAUACCUCAUCAAGGUCGUGGAAUUAGCAGGGGUGUCGCAAGACGUAACAUGACAUUUGGGAGCGUCAGCAGUGGCCUGUUUUCACCAUCUUCACGCGAGUCGAUGGAUCCCAUUGCAGAGCUAUUAUCUCAGCUGUCAGGAGUGCGUCGAGCCACGGCAAGUGACAACAACUCUUCUGCUGCCUCUCAGCUGCAACAGUUACAGAUUCAGUUAGAACGGCAGCAGGUAGCCGGCCAACCAACCAGCCAGCUGGAGCGACUGCCAAGACGUGGAGGAGCCAGUAGUAGCGGAGGAGUUGGCAGUGGCGGUGGAGGCAACAGUGGUGGUGGAGGCAGCAGUGGAGGCGGUGGGGGCAGCAGUGGUGGGGGUGGUGGUGGCGGCGGUGGGAGUCAGAGUGGUGUAAUGGUAAAUAUUGGGUCAAGCAGCACAGCAAAUGUUGUAACGACUCACCAUCAGCCCCCACCACUCCUCGUUCAUGCAGGGUCACAUUCUCAACCUCAGUCACAAUACCUCCUAGCAAGGCUUGGAGAUAGUGAGAGCGAGACAGAGGGUGGCACUGGCAGUAGUGACCGGGCAGGAUUUGUCCAAGAACUGUUACUCUCCACUCUUUGUGAUCUCACUCUUAGCCCAGGAGCCUUGGAAGAUGGAAAUUUAUUACCAACAUCACUUGCGAAACGAGGUGGUGGUGUGGCCCGUGAGACAGAUGUAUCUAAAGGUGAUAGUGAGAGGGCUCCUAAGGCUGUUGUGUCAUCUGAUGUAGCAACUCAGACGUCCUCGUCAAGUACCCAGCCUGUAUCCAGCACUACUACCACAACUACUACACAGACCAAUACACAGCACCCUGCCAUGCCCCAAUCCAAGACCCCCAAUACCAUGAAAUCUGUCAAGGGAGCCAAGGGCGUUGUUGUAGGUCGAUCUAGUCCAGGAAGUCAACAGCACCAACAACAACAGCAGCAGCAGUCAAACGGAGGAGGGGUGGUAUCUCGGCCACUUACGGGGACGGGAACGGUGGCCGUAUCUCCUGUGGGGGGGCCCGGGAGGGGCCGAGCGUCGGGGGGGUCAGUCUCCCCCGGCGCAGCCCGCAGGAAACUGGUUCGCGGAGUAGAGGGCCGUGCCACAGAGCCUCCUCCUCCUCACUAGUGCCCAGAGAAUCUAGUCCAGCACCAGGGGGUCUUCCCAAUGCCAAUGAACCUUGCCCCUGCCAUCCUUGUCCUUGUCACCCUUGUACCUGCCUGUAGCCAGCCAAACCAAAGAGACAGGCAGGAACCAAGACUAUCUAACAGUUGUGCUGCACACAGUUUGGUUUGGGUAUAUAUGUAUCAGUUAGAGAAUGUGCUUGGACGAUAGUUGUGUAUGGUGGUGUGCAUGGGAAUGCAAAUUAAUGUGUGCCACAGUAAGAUGAAAGCAAGCAAGAAGGCAGGCUAGGCAGAGUGGCAGAAAAAAUUUGGGGGCUACUGGUGCCAAGAAGAUUUAAAGUGUACAUAGCACAUGCUACUCGAGCAUGUCAGAUUGCUGUGUAUAAAAUAUGUUCAGGCCUUUAUAAUACUGCAUAGCUUUACCCUAACCAUUCAUGAAAUCACAUUAUUGGCAUUGUCCUCAGUACUGUUUCCUUCCCUCAUCCUUGAUAACCAGAAUCACUCACAACUAUUUCCUGUAUAAUAUAUAAUUCAAAUUGAUUAUUCGGUUUGAUUUUUUCAAUGUGGUUUUGCUGAUACACAUAGAUUUUGAAGAUUUUUGCCCAAAUAGUGUUUGAAAUAUUUAUAAAUUGUAUUUUUUGUUGCAAAUGAUAUAACAGUAAGUACUUCUUAUUAUAGAGCUUCACUUUGCUUUGGUAAGAUGAUAUUGAAUCACUUACCCGCAGCCUAGCACGAGACGUGAUACAACUAUAACUGACUGGGAGACCGGUGUGUAUCUUUUAAGCCUCUCGAGAAGCUUUUUAAAGUAAAAAGUGGAUUAGUGCGUGAGAGAGGUGAUAGCUGCACAUGUUCACGACCGUCUUAUACCAGCAGUAGUCGGGUACAGUACCAUGCCAUACACCACAUACAGUAUAGGAUUUUUAUUAUUAGCUAGGCUCUCGUUUCCUCACCCAGCUACUUUGAGCCAUAUGCAUUUAAUGAAUGCUUUGUUUCAUAAUGAUACUUAAAAGAAUAUAUAUGAGCCUUAUUAAAGCAUUCUCCCUGGGUAUAAGUGCAGAUGCAUCAAUAAUGAUUGUCUCCUGCUAGGCUGCACAGUGAUGUUUUCAUAGUGCACUUGACUGAUUCUACAGAUGAAUGAACAUGAUAAACUGAGAAGCAUUUUUCAUUCAGAUUUGCAUUGCAGCCCAGGUUGAGCUGAAAUGUGUUAACAUUUUCGGGAAUGUUUAUGGAAUCAAAGUUGUAUGUUCUUCAAGCUCAUCUCUUUUUAUAAAAGCAGGUGUAUUUAGUGACUUAAGAUCAGCAAUAUGGGUCAUAUGACUUGUUAAGACACUUCUCUAACUGUAAUGCAUGGUACGCUACACUUGCGGGACAAUUACACAAGGCACACAGUGAUUGAUUCAAUACAAUGUGCAGCAUUAGAGGGCUUCUGGUUAGCAGCAGGGUUCCGGGUCCUGUAUGUUUUAUUUACAUUAUAAAACUCUUUGGGUGUAUAGCAUUACAUAUGUCAUGCAUGGAGAAAUCAUACAUCAAACUUCUCCUACUUCUGUGUCGAUAUUUUCAAAUUUAUGAGAGACGGUUGUUGGUAAGUAAGAGAAUAAGGAAUCAAAAUCAACUUUCUGCAGUGCACAGUGAAGGUAAAAUUGCAAAAGCAACAUGGUCAGUAACUUUAUAUCAUGACACUACUUCCUGAUUAGGAUGUUACCCUUUCCAGCAAGGAGCUAGUUUAGGGCUGAAUAACAUAGUCAUCAGUUUCCUCAGAUUGUAAGAAAAAUAUCAGCCAAAAUGUAUUCUGCCUAAGAUCUAACUCUAGCACUUAAAUUGUACACUCAGCAUGCUAGCUUUUGGACCAAUAUUUUUCUUUCAUUGAGUAGGAUAAAGCCCACCUGCUCAGUCCUUCAUCCUCAUAAGAGUGUAACAGAACUCAGUCAGGAUUUUCUAUGCAUGUUGGUACCAUGCCUGUGCUAAAUUAAGGAUAGGAGUUCAGUCGGUGGCACUGAGGUUAUGCAAUGUUAUUUGUCAUGAUCUAUGUAACAUUGGUUGCACUUUCAUCUUGGGCUGCAGACUGAUGUGUUUCCAAAUUGCAAAGCUCUUAAUCUGCUCUAAUUUGCACAGCAGACACUAGUGUUCAGGAUAUUACAUGGUAGCUUUGUAAAGUUACUUUUAGGAAGUAGUGCUGUAAUAAUUAUGAAUUCUAAUAUCCUGUGGACCAUUUCCUAGUGGCAACUUUGUACUGGAAUGUUUUCAGUCUAGGGCUCUAGAGAAAGAGCACCACAUUUGCCCACUAUAUGAUAAAGGAACACACAUCGUUUUGUCCUUAGUCAGGGUUAAAUUGAGGCCUAUUAAUAUGAACACCUGCAGUAUGCUAAUGUGCCAACUUUUUGCUGACUUGGUGUACUUUCACAGUACAGUUUCUUUCUUGUGAUGAUGGAAGUUUUAAGUUUAACAUCCUGUAUAUUCUGUUGAUCAGUAAAGGUUUAGUUUUAAUGCCUUCUAAUGGUAACAAGAAUUGAUGAGCGAUACUCAAUAUAUAUAUAUAAAACUAACAAUGCCAUUGUAUGACCUAUACGAUAUUUAGAUGCCCUAUCUGGCUGUAGCCUUAACAAGUAUUACUUAAAGUUUAAUUGAAUAAGUAUUGCAAAAUAUUGUUGUAGUGGAUUAUGCCAUAUAUUGAUAUGGUAAGAUGGUUUGAUUAAUUUCCUAAGGUGUUGGAUAUCUAAAUGAUGUGAUAAUAAUCAUGUGUUGGGUGUUGGUGGUAGCAAAUAUUAAUGAUGACUUCAGCUGCUACUGGUGCACCAAUGCUUUGAUUAUCUGGCCUUCGGUCACUCAAGACCUUGACUGUCAAAAACAUCAGGCUAUUAUAUCUAAGCUUACUUUGUAUCAUAUUAAACUAGAACUUAUGGAAUAGUCUGAAUACCAAAUCCUGCUGUACAGGUUGAUCAAGGAAUUGGUGUAGAAAUCCAUCUUUUGUUGCACAAUUCUGUGGUUGGCCUUACAUCAAUGGUCUUUCAUAAGAAGUCUAUAUCAGACUUGGUUAUUAAAACAGAUUUUGGCAUUACAUGUCCAGUUACAACAAAAUUGGAGACAGUAUAUACAGUACAUUUUUUUCUUAAAGAUAUGGCCAUGGAUAUAAAUUACUGGAAGGUGCCUGUUCGAAAACUAAAGAUGUGUGGUUAGCUGCGAGUGUUUGUGUGCGUGUACGUGUGCAUGUAUGCACGUAUGUGUGUAUGCGCAUGUGUGUGCGUAAGAAUUUAUCCAUACAUACAUCAGCACACAUUGAAUUUGCAUAGAUAUGUAUAUAUUUAUAAUUAAUACUAGUAAAUCACAGUUUGUUUAUACACAUUUUGUCCUUUAAUUAGGGUCAUAGCAAUUUAUAAUAGAAGCUCUUUUAGUAUUUGCAGUGGCACCAAGUCUACAUCUUUAGGGAUCAAGAAACAGCUUGAGGGAAGUGUAGGGAGCACCAGACUACCAUGAUUAUCUUGGUCCUCUUAGUGUGUAGAGUGAAUGAGUACAGUACAGCAGUGUUUAUUAUAUACAUUUGAAGACUAUACAAUAGUGUUAUUUCUGUUCUUUUAUUUCUACCAGCGGUCUUCAGUUUGGUUAUACUCUAUGCAUGUUUGUGUGUAUUAAAACAAAAUUUAUGCAUUAUAGUUGACCUUGAUUACUUUUUGUUUGUUUGUUUGUUUUUAGUUGUAUUUAUGGUAAAUGCCUGGAAGAUUGUGCUCGUCUCUGAAAGUAAUGGAGGACAUUGUUAUUUGUUUUUAAAUAGAAAUAUGAUUAUUGGAUUUUGGUGUGACUUGAUGAAAGGAAUGGUUUUAGAUGUAAAUAAUAUUUCAGAUUGAUUUCACUUAACAUUGUAGAAAUAACUUGACUCUGAUCCCAUUGUACAUAAAUGCAUUUGAACCAUCUGACAAUUAGGUGAACAAACAUAUAUGGGAGCAAUUUUCAUGUGACCACUUUAAAUCCAGGUAAAGCUAUUUAUUAGAAUUAUUGAGGGAAUGUGGAAAAAUAAAAGGAUACAUGUAUGUAAGCUUAUUCGUUGAGCCAAUGCUGUGAUAGAAUGAAUUGGAAAUGAAGUCAGCUUUUGUAGGUCACAGGAAAAGGGCAAAAAAAAAUUGAUUCUUAUGCAUAGUGUAAGGUAUGAGAGGUGUUUCAAAUUACAAGUGACCAUAAACUAUUCAAGUGGUUUUUGUGGAUUUCCUAAAGUUUGCUAAGCACAAUCGAAGUGACAUGAAGAUGGCCAUAUAUAUUUAUUAUUUUUUAUUAUUUUUUUUUUCAAUGAAAAAGAUGUAGCUGCUGUAAAUUCUGUGAUCCUAAUUAAAUGGUAAGAUGAGUAAUUUUGGGUGUGUUAUAAGUACAGUAUCUUGUUGAAUUAAUAUUGUCUGAAAGUUCUUCCUUAGAUAUAUGUUACUGUUUGUGUGGUGGGUUAUUUCAGACGGCGCUACAGAUUAUCUCGGGCCUUAUUUGAUUACCAUAAAAAGGAUGCAAAAUUUUAAUAGUCUUUUAUGGCAUUUCAUGCAUAAAUUUAAUAUAUUGUACUGUAUUGUACAUGACAAGGACUCUAAGCACUUUGUUUACAUUAUAAAUGAAAAAGUAAUACAAGAAGGUUUCUAUUCACAUUUAAAAUACAAAAAAGUCUGGACUCAAACUUGCAGAAUUAUCUUUUUUUUUAACUCAUUUGUUUAUCAGAAUUCAUGUGUCAUGUACUUUCAUGCUGGGUGAUUGAAAUGGAAUUGUGUCCUAUUUCUUAGGUCACUCAAGAGGCUCUAUUGGUCUCACGAUCUGACCUAAUGCGAAUCCUAUCUUUACUUCACUUAUUUAAAUAUCCCUCAGACAAGUCGCAUGAUAUUUUGGCCUCGGAUCUUCAAGAAAGAGAAAAAAAGCACAAAGUUGGUCCGACUUUUUUCAGACUAAUUGAAACUUAAGUUAUGCUCAUGCUCUGUACUCUUAUCAUCCAUUACUGAACAAUCCUUAAAAUAAGUCAUGGAGUGUUCUUAUUGAUUAACUAUGACACAUGUAAAGUCGUUGCCUUCUGCCGCCUCUUGAGAAAGGAGGCUACUGUGUUACUUCCAGGACAUAUUGAAGAUGCUCCAUUAGAUGAGCAGAUCAAGGUAGGCUUUGUAAAAGGUAAAAACAAUGGAAUUUGGAAUACAUUAGUUGGUUGUGAAUUAAUGUGUUCAGUUAGAUAACAUAUGACAUUAUUAUUGAAUUAGCUUGCAAUGUCCCCCUCGUCUGCUAAAAUGAACCAUCAUUGAGAGAAAGCAGUUCCUAAGGAGACCUUCCUUUUGAUAACCAAAUACAUCUUACAUGGUAGUGCAUUGUUGGCAAAAUAGUAAUUUCGGUGUCAAGAAUUAUCCAGUGAUGCUGGUGAUACACACACUAUAAUAAUCGGCAAGUUUGAACCUUUUGUUGUGCUUCAGCAGUUAUUUUUCCCAUCUUUAUAUAACAAAGAGUACCUAGCCUGAGAAAUGUUGCCCCAAAAUAGUUAAUACACCUAUAUUACUUUCUUGUUGGAUCAUACAGUGGUUAUUCAGUUUGGUGUUGCUUCUUACCGUUGAUAUAAGCCAGCAGUGUUUGCAAUGAUCGCUGUGUAUGUGAUGACACCAGCAAUUCUAAGCCUCGGUGAGGUUAGUUUUCCCCACUGUCAUACUGGAAAAUAAGCCUUAUUGAUGACUCUUUUUAAGUAAAAGCUCAUGAUUGCUGAUCUCGCAUAUCUUAAAAAUAUUUUUUAAAAAUUGCUGCAGAGGCAAAAUGCUCCACGCCCAAAACAGUACUUGUGUUAUACUGUAUCAUAGGUUUAUUGAUGGAAUAAUAAAAAUGUUUUUUGGCAAA